UGGCUCCUAGCUGGCCUCAUAGCAAUUGCAAAUAGAUGGGGUGCCACGUGGCAUGUUUCCUCAAAAUCUUAAUUAUGCAUCAGCAAUUUCGUCAGAAGCAUACGCCCCGGCGCUACCAAGAAAGAUUUCCUCCUAGUCCUAGCUCGCGCUGCACAUAUAUUUAUAGCCGCUUACUUCGAGCCAUGCCCAAUUCCAUUGAAUUGCCAAGAGGAAUAGUCACAGCCCACUGCACGGCAAGAGCUGCAAGAUGCCUGUUGAUGUCCUGCUUGACAUGGGCACUGUCUUCCAAGAUGCUGCUUCUAGACAGCUUUUGUGGAUCGCACGAGGUGCAGGCCAGGCGUGCUGAGCUCCGGACCACCAUGAAGGUGCGUGAGAGGCUGGGCAGUUUGUCCAGGCCCAAAUCGAAGAAUCAGAAGCCAGAUGAUUUGAAGGACGAGGUCAGACAGUUGAACUCCAGACUCAAGCAAGCUGGCUCCGAGGCAGAGUUGAUCGGCAUUUUGGAGGAGAAGGUGGAUGCCCCGUUCUUUGACCCCAUCCACGCAUCAACGGCCUUUCAUAAGCUAGCAACAUUCAAGCAGACCGAAGGUUCGCUGCCAAUUUGUGCGGUGAACCCGGCAUUUCUGAGGCUGAAUGCUCGUAUGAAGGACUUUCUCAAACAAAAUCAAGUCAAGUCAUGGGCAUCUGCAAAUUUGCUUUGGGCCAUUGCAAUUCUUGGAAAUGAGCUUUCAAUUGUGGUAUCGCUUCUUCCGAACUUGGUCAAGUCUUUUGGAGCAAGGGCUAGCGGCAUGACUGAGCAGGAGUUGUCGAACUGCUUGUUGUCAGCGGCGCGGUUGAAAUUAAAGGGUGUAGCACCAGAGGAAGCAAUGAACAUUGCUGCUGUGCUUGCUGACAGAAUCCCAGGCAAAGCUGAUGGCAUGAACGCCCAAGAGUUGUCCAAUUGCUUGUGGGCAUGCGCAAACUUAAUAGAUGUGGCGCCUGAUGCUGUAGCAAUAAUCGUGCCGGCAGUUUGUGACCAAAUCCCAGGCAAGGUUAGUGACAUGAUUCCUCAACACGUGUCCAACUGCUUGUGGGCAGCAGGACAGUUGAAAGAUGUGGCGCGUGAUGAUGCGGUCAAGAUCGUGCCAGUUCUUCUUGCGGAGUUGCCGAGCAAAGCCAAGGCCAUGGGUCCGCAGAAUUUUGCCAACAGCUUGCAGGGGCUGGUCUUCCUUGAGGAUUUUGCGCCUGAAGUAGGUUCACGCCUGACAGCCCCUGCUGGCAGCAAGGAGCGUUUCUUGAGGUUGGCUGCCUCACACAUCACUGAAAUGCUGCCCAGGUUGAAGGGUAGUGACUUGUACUUGGCCGUGCCGGUAGUAGUCUGGGCUUGUGCCAAGUCCGGAUUGUCCUCUCAAACGCUGCUGACUGCAGUGGCCCAGCGCUUUGGAUCCAAUGGGCAGUCAUCACGGCUCCCUGAUUGGGAUUUGUGUGCCUUGACCUGGUCCUACCAGACGCUGGAUCAGACAGGGCGCUUCGGAGGCUUUCAGCAGGCGCUGAGGGCGGAAGUUGUGCGAAGAGGGCUGUCGGACUCGGACGUGGAGCGCAGCAAGGACGGUCAGUAUGCCGAAUUUGCAGGUGACAAGUAGAGCAGUGCGUUUGCACAGGCCGAGCCACCUUGGCGCGACAGUUUUACAUAGCCAGUGCUACUUGGUGCCCGAGUGUCCGGCUAUGUUUGCUCGGCGACGUUCCUGGCACCAUCUGGUGCAGAGUGCUGGGUCCACACAGUGCACCGCCCAGGUUCGAGUGCAGGAGCCGUUGCGCAUUGCUGCCGGCACUUCUAUUUUGGAAGUAGAAAUUGAAAGACGUUGAGUGACGAAUCUAUGUCUUGGCAACUAAAAGGAUCGAACAAUUGAGCCAAUGCGCGCGGCUCAUUUGUGCCGGCUGGAACAUGAG